CACAGUGGCUCUGCCAGGCGGUUGCCAUGGCCGCGCUGACGGCUUGGGUCAGCCUCCUGGCGGCGGCGUCGUGGAGGCGGCGGCAGGUGGCGCAGCCGGAGGGCGGGGCCGCCUCGCCGGGGCCCGGAGGUCAGGCGGCUUUGCAGGCCUGGCCCCCGCCGACCAGCACCAGAGGGACCCUGUGGCGCCGGCUGCGGGGCUUCGUGCUGCCCACGGCCGCCUGCCAGGAGGACGAGGACAUCUUCCCCUACAAGAUCCUCUUCCAAGACCUUGACCGCAACGGGGACGGGGUGGUGGACAUCACGGAGCUCCGCGAAGGGCUGAAAAACUGGAGCUCCACGUUUGGCCUGCAGUCGGAGAAGGAAAUUUUUAAAGCUGGAGAUACCAAUGCUGAUUCAGGAUUGGACUUCCAAGAAUUUUUGCAAUACCUUAAAGACCAUGAGAAAAAAAUGAGGCUGGCAUUUAAGAGUCUGGACUUAAAUAAUGAUGGAGUAAUAGAAACUUCAGAAAUAAUCACUGCUUUGAAGUCACUGGGUGUAGAUAUUUCUGAAGCUCAGGCAAAAAAUAUUCUCCAAAGCAUAGACAGUGAUGGAACAAUGACAGUAGACUGGGACGAAUGGAAGUACUACUUUUUACUUCAUCCUGCAAAAAGUAUCGAUGAAAUUGCUGGCUUCUGGAAGCGUUCUACUAUAAUUGACAUAGGGGAGAGCAUAGCUAUUCCAGAUGACUUUACUGUGGAAGAAAAGAGUUCUGGAUAUUGGUGGCGGCAUUUGGUGGCAGGAGGAAUAGCUAGCGCCGUUUCAAGGACGUGCACGGCACCUUUUGACCGCUUGAGAGUCAUGAUGCAGGUUCAUAGUUUAGAGCCAGCGAGAAUGAAGGUAAUUGGUGGGUUUGAGCAGAUGAUCAAAGAAGGAGGAAUUCGUUCUCUUUGGCGAGGAAAUAGUGCAAAUGUUUUUAAAAUUGCACCUGAGAUGGUCGUCAAGUUCGGGGCCUAUGAGCAGGUAAUAAAGACCAGACUGACUGUAGGUAAAACUGGACAGUACUCAGGGAUUAUUGAUUGUGGGAAGAAGCUUCUGAGACAAGAAGGUGUUAGAACCUUUUUCAAAGGCUAUAUCCCUAACUUGCUAAGCAUUAUACCUUAUGCAGGCACAGAUCUUACUGUUUUUGAGCUUUUGAAGAACUAUUGGCUCGAACAUUAUGCAGGAAACUCUGUAGACCCCGGCUUAAUGAUUUUGCUGGGAUGUAGCACGUUGUCACACACCAGUGGUCAGAUAGCCAGCUUCCCUCUGACCCUUCUUAGAACACGCAUGCAGGCUCAAGCACAGAAGGAAAAAACAACAACUAUGAUUCAUCUCAUUCAAGAUAUAUAUUACAAAGAAGGAAAAAUGGGCUUUUUCAGGGGCCUCACUCCAAAUAUCAUAAAAGUGCUGCCUGCAAUAUUCAUAAGCUGUGUGGCCUAUGAAAUACUGAAAGGACCGUUUGGAUUAACGUAGAAGUGAAAUGUGAAAUUGUUGUCAUUACUGUAAUCACUUAAUUGUAAGAUAAUACCUGGGUUAUAAAGAGAAAUUGAUCUCUUCCUAAAAGGAAAGAAAGUAUCAAAUAAUUGUUAAAACAUUUUCUCUUUAUGUUUUCUAGUAUAAAACCUAUAAAUGAAAUAAUCAUUUUGGUAAAGUGGACCCAAUUAUUGCAUCAGAGGUCAAAGUCCCAUGCUGUCUUUUUUUAAAAAAAUUAUAAUGUAUUAAGUGCCUGCUAUGUGCCAGCUAUUAUUUCAAGGCACUUUAAAAGGUCCUCCUCUUGCUUAAUUCUAACAACCAUACUAGAAGAUUGAGAGAGAGAGAGGAAGGGAGAGGGAGAGAGAGAAACAUUGAUAUUAGAGAAACAUCAAUCAGCUGCCUCCUGCAUGCCCCCUACUGGGGAUCAAGCCUGCAACCCGGGCAUGUACCCUGACCAGGAAUCGGGCAACCUUUUAGUGCCCAGGGUGACGCCCAACCAACUGAGCCACACUGGCCAGGGUUAUCCCAAUUUUCAGUUGAGGAGCUAAGUUUAGAGAGGUCAAUACUUUGGAAAGAUCUUUUAACAUUCCCUCAUUAAGGAUUGCACUCAGCCCUCACUCUCAGGCUCUCUGUUUCACAUGAAGGUCUAUUGUUUGGUCUAACCUUGGUUAUGGCUUGGAUAUUUUGUAAAAUCUCUUAAAGUGAUGAUUUAGCCCAUUGUCCUUAGGGUACAGCCUCUCAGUUCUCUUAGAUUGAGACUCUAAUACCACUUUCCAGUAAAGGCACCAGGAUUCCUUAGUAGAAAUAACUACUUGCAGGACUUGGGAAGGACACAUACGCACACAUGGAUGGGGACAUAGCAACUGAAAGCUUCCAGUCGCCAACGCUGGACCAAUUGGAGCAACACAUUGAUGAAAUAGAAUUGGAUUGUAACCCGACAUAUAAAAUAAAUAUCCAGGAGUCCACACUGAUGUAAAUGAUUGAUUGAAUAAAUAAAUAAAGAAAUGGGGAGAAUAGACAAGUCUGUGGAAAAAUUCCAGAUAAUUACUGUAGAUCCCUGCCCCCCAGCUCCACACACAUUAGUGUGGGCCAUGUGCAGUGACUUCCAAAGAGUACGAUAUGGAAACGGGAAAAGAAUACCUUUAUUGGACAAGUGUGACAAACAUCACCACAUCCAGGGAAUCAAAGUCGACAUCACCUAAGUUGUAGCAAUAGUAUGUGCUAUUGAUCUGUGAUGAAAA